CAUGCAAUACCAACAACAAGAUUUACUCUGACGACGACAUGUAUGAGGAUAUUGAUGACGGGAUUGUUCCUGGAUCAAUACACCCAUCUGCAAACAGCCAUGGUCAAUUCCGUGCUGGACCACGAACUACUAGUAGGCGAAGAUCAGGACUACUUUCUGUUCGUCAAGCUCAACUGACAUCAUCAAACAGUCAGAGUCGAUCUGGCCAUCUUCGUCGUCCAGCAGACGCAAUGUCAAAAUCAAUGAACAAUCUAACUAGCCAGUCCUUGGAUCAACAAUUUUUAUCACGUUCUUUGCAACCAGAUUCCAAAACGGGCUCUUUGGAUCCAGUUGCUUAUCAAGAGUUAAUGAAAGUGGUCAAUCAAUACUCGCAACUGAUAAACCAAGAAAAUCUGCAAAAACAACCCCCUAUGCCGAUUGCCACUCCUACACUAAAUAUUGGCAGCGCCAAUCUGGACAUCUUGGCAUCCCAAUUACAGCCACAGCUGAUAAAGGGUGAUGUAUCGACUCCAGUCCUACUGAUCUGCAUGGUACAGAUACUACGCAAGGAGCUCAUCUAACUCCGUCAAAUUCCGGACUACAGCACAGAGCUUUUCAACUCAACUCACCUGCCAAUUCUACGCCCUCUGUCCAUAGCGCUACUCGCCAAAAUCUACCUUUACAACCUGCUAACGACACCAAUCCUAUUUCAGCAACCGCC